AUGGAAGACCAGCCGCCGUCUAAUGCUAAUUCUUCAUCAUCUUCUUCAUUUGACGAGGAUUUUUCAUGGGGAUCUUCUGCAGACUCAAGUUCAAACGAUGAGCAUGAUUCAAACGAAAUCAAAACAACUUCUGUCGAGGAAUCUAAGACUAACCCAUUAGAGUUCUACAACUGUAAUAUCUGUUUAGAUGUUGCUAGCAAUCCUGUGGUGACAUUUUGUGGGCAUUUGUUCUGUUGGCCAUGUAUUUUCUGUUGGUUAUAUUUUCAUUCGAGAAUCAAAAAACAGUGUCCUGUUUGUAAACAAUAUGUGGAUGAUAAUAUGGUUAUACCUAUUUAUGGUCGAGGUAAUGGAAGUGAUGUUAGGGAUAAGAGGAUAUUUAGGAUACCUAGACCAGGAGCUAUGCGUGUUGGGAGUUUGAGAGAAUCGAUUGAGAUGAGAGGAAAUGGGAUAAGUUUUGAUGAAUUGGUUAGUUUUCUUAGAAGUAGAAUACAGAGUGGGGAUUUUGAUCCUGAAUCUGCUGUUUGUGUUUCGAUUCUGAAGAGGUUUCUUAGUUCGAGGGCGAUUCGUAGAGAACAUAAUUAUGUUUAUGUUGCAGGGGAAAUGGAGAUGAAUAGAUAUAGACCUCGUUCUGUUUUGAUAGAUCGUUGCGGUGGUGGUGAUUUGGCUGAAGAUGGUGGAAGGAAUUAG